UGUCAGCAGUUGGUGGAGAUCAAAUUCGGUUUAUCAGAAAAAGCUGAUGGUCCUCUUUAAAUCUCGCUGGUUAUUAUUUGUUUCUGUUUACCUCACGGGAGAACACCGGUAGUUGUUUAUUUGACAAACGAUGCUCACGAUACUGUAAAGAAGUGGCCAUAUGUGUUAGUCUGGCCUUGACACUCUCCAGGUGAAAAUGAACAUGCAUGGUGCCAGUGGAGGCUGUGACCGGUCCAGAGAUCGACGGCGCUCCAGUGAUCGCUCGCGGGACUCUUCACACGAGCGGGGCGAAGGCCAACUCACACCCUGUAUUCGGAAUGUCACCUCACCCACACGGCAACACAACAGUGAGCGUGAGGGUGGCUCAUCACGGCCCAGCAGCCCCAGGCCUCAGAGGAUUUCUCCCAGCAGCAGCAGCAGUGGGGUGGCCAGCAGCCGCAACAGUAGCCUGUCCAGCUCAGAGGGCACCUACAAGAGCAUGGUACCCGGUGAGAUGGUCUUUGUCUAUGAGAAUGUCAAAGAUGGAUCCCGCAGCGUCCGCACAUCAGAGAAGGUCACGCUCAUUGUGGACAACACUCGCUUUGUGGUGGACCCCUCCAUUUUCACAGCACAGCCCAACACCAUGCUGGGAAGAAUGUUUGGAUCUGGCCGGGAACACAAUUUCACUCGACCCAAUGAAAAAGGAGAGUAUGAGGUGGCAGAAGGCAUCAGCUCCACUGUGUUUAGGGCCAUUCUGGAUUACUAUAAAUCUGGGAUAAUCCGGUGUCCUGAUGGAAUCUCCAUUCCCGAACUAAGGGAAGCGUGUGACUAUCUGUGCAUCUCUUUUGACUACAGUACUAUCAAGUGCCGAGACCUGAGUGCCCUGAUGCAUGAACUGUCGAACGAUGGCGCCCGGCGGCAGUUUGAGUUCUACCUAGAAGAGAUGGUGCUUCCUCUGAUGGUGGCGAGUGCUCAGAGUGGAGAAAGAGAGUGUCACAUCGUGGUGCUCACUGAUGAUGACGUGGUGGAUUGGGAUGAGGAGUACCCGCCUCAGAUGGGGGAGGAGUAUUCACAAAUUAUAUACAGUACCAAGCUGUAUCGUUUCUUCAAGUACAUUGAAAACCGUGAUGUAGCCAAAUCUGUUUUAAAAGACAGAGGACUCAAGAAAAUUAGACUGGGUAUUGAAGGUUAUCCGACAUACAAAGAGAAGGUGAAAAAGCGUCCCGGCGGGCGACCUGAAGUCAUCUACAACUACGUCCAAAGACCCUUCAUCCGCAUGUCCUGGGAGAAGGAAGAGGGCAAGAGUCGACACGUGGACUUCCAGUGCGUGAAGAGCAAAUCCAUCACCAACCUGGCGGCGGCGGCAGCAGACAUUCCCCAGGACCAGCUGGUGGUGAUGAACCCCGGACCACAGGUGGACGAGCUGGACAUUCUUCCCAACCACCCUCCUCCAGGCCACCACUACAGCAACAACUUCAACAACGAGCCUGACUCGGACGCCCCGUCGCCCGCCGUCUGAGAACAGGCCGGCCAUUCACAGCAUGCUGGAGCAUGAAACCCCAGUGACACUAUAACCAGAUUGCCUUCUGCACCUCCUCCACAGCCUUAGAGCCUCAACUGUCUAGUUACUGUAUUCAUAAAGAACAAAAAAAAAAAAAGAGGAAAAAAAAUACACCAUGGACUUGGGAUACUGGCAAGGGCAGUGCUCUCCUGAUCUGUCUUCGCUUAUUUUUAUUUUUAUUAUGUUUUUUUAUAUACUUGACCAAAGGAAAUUUGUUUUUAUUUGUUUGAAGUUAGCAACCUCACUUUUGUAAUUGGGCCUAUUAUAUGAUUAGAAAUAUUAUUAUUGUUCUUUUCCUUUUAUUGCAAUAUGAUUAUGCAUUGAAUUUAACUAUUAUUAUUAUUAUUAUGAAGUUCCUUUCACUUGAUGCAUUUGGGUUUGGUGCCACUUUGAUUUUGGGAAGCUGUCCGGUGAUCUCCUCCAAACUCCUGUGUGGUGAUGGCGGCGUCUCCUCAGGAGCUCCAUUUGCUUGGUGAGUGAAUGCAGUGUUUUUUCUUUCUUUUUUUCUUAAAUGGACAUUAAUUUAUCUGCUCAAGAUCUGUCUGUUCAAGCGCUUGAAAAUCAUUGUAUUAAUAAAGAUAUAUACUAUACUGUA